UAUUUGACGUAUUCUCAUUGUUUAUUUUUGACAAUCAAGCCAACCAAAGCGGCGUCAAAUAAUUUACACGCAAAAUUCCCAUUUUAACACUCAAAAAUGCUGUUUUACUCGUUCUUCAAGUCCCUGGUGGGCAAAGACGUCGUCGUGGAACUCAAAAACGACCUCAGCAUCUGCGGUACUCUGCAUUCUGUGGAUCAGUACUUGAAUAUAAAGUUGUCGGACAUCAACGUAAUAGAUCCUGAUAAAUAUCCUCAUAUGUUGUCCGUGAAGAACUGCUUUAUACGUGGAUCGGUGGUGCGAUACGUGCAGCUGCCUGCUGAUGAAGUAGAUACUCAGCUACUCCAAGAUGCAGCCAGGAAAGAGGCUACAGUAUCUACUAGAUAAUCCUAACCUCAAAUU